AAAGUAGGUCAAAUCAUUUAGACAUUAUUUAGCAAUAGGAGAGGAUUUAUAUCAAUGAAAAAAAAAAUGUAGAAAUUGAUAUUUUUCCAGGAGUACAAUGUAGAAGAUUCUUAAGGCUUUCAGUUAUCUUAAUUAUAGAGUUAAAAUAACUGUGAAAGAAAUAGAGACAUUUUUAUCGAUUAUACUAUGUAAAUAGAUCAACUAACAAACAUAGUCAGGAAAAGAGAAAAUGGCUACAGGUCGACAAAUUGAUUCGGAUAAUCUUUCGGAUGAAAUAUUUGACGUAUUAUGUUCAAUGUGUAGAAAUGAAGGCAGGAACACUGAAGGUGAAAAAUACUGUGUAGAUUGUCACGAUUAUUUUUGUGUUAGUUGUGUCAAAGUUCACAGUAAAGUGCCUUUAUGUGCUGGUCACAAGGUAUUGGAUAAAUCUCAAGUCAAGUCAGGAACCAGUAAAGCUUUGCCAAGGGCACCAGCAGAGAGAUGUGACAGACACAGUCAUAAACACAUUGAUAUGUACUGUCAGAACCAUGAUAAUGUUGGCUGUUCUACAUGUAUGGCAGUUGAUCACAGAUUAUGUAAGGACACAUUCUACAUACCAGAAUUUAUCCAAAACAAUACUUACCAAGUAGAAUCGAGAGACAUUCAAACAAAACUCAAGGAAAUAGGCAAGACCCUUGAAAAACAAGCAGAUAGAUUUAAACAGGAUAAACAAAGGCUAUUAAAGAGGAAAGUAGAAAUACUGGCUGAUAUCAGAAAAUUCAGACAAGAGAUCAAUGACCAUCUUGACAAGCUGGAGAAAAGUUCUAUUGAUGAGAUAGAAAGUAAAGUCAAAUGUCUUGAAGACAAAAUCGAGGAUAGCUUAAAACAGCUACAAGCAAAUAAGUCCAGGAUUAGAUCAGCUAAUAAUAAGUUAACAUCUACAAACACAAAUUAUUCUGAAGUGUUUGUUUAUGUGAAGAUGGGAGAAGAUGCUGCAAAUGUUGCCACCAAAUAUAUGGAACAUGCGAAAAUAAAAAGUACAGUAGGAAACAUAGAGUUUCAACCUGACAGAACAAUUCUUACACAGUUAGAACAAAAGAAAACCAUAGGCACACUAUCAGAGAAACCUACAAAGACUGCUGACAAUUUAUUUCAGAUUAAAGGAAAUCAAUCAUAUGAUGUAAAAGUUAAUUCGGAUGAAAAUGUUUGUUAUAUCAAGAGUGCCUGCUGUAUGGAAGAUGAUACAAUAAUUCUUGCUGAUUACAACAACAUGAAACUUAAACGUUUACAUAGUUACAACUAUACUGUCACAGACUACUGUGAUCUACCUGGAAAUCCAUGGCAUGUAUGUAUGAUCAAUAACACACAAGUAGCAGUUACUGUUCCAUACAAACAGGAAGUUCAUUUCAUUUCUCUAGAAAGAAAUAUGAAAACAACAAACAAGAUUAACACAGAUUUUCCAUGUUAUGGCCUUGCAUAUGCAAACAAUAAUUUAUAUAUUUCAGAUAGGAGCACAUCAGUAUAUAUGUAUACAUUGUCAGGUAGGAAACUUAAUCAGUUCAGCAAGGAUCAAUCAGGACAUAAGUUGUUCUCUUACAUGUAUAGUUUAGCUGUUAGUAAGGAUGCCAAUAGGAUUUAUGUUGCUGACAGCAAUAAUGGACUGAUAGUACUGGACAACAAUGGUCUGGUUAUUACAACAUUUAAUGAUGGGCAAUUAAAGGGGGCUAAAUGUUGUUACCUCACUGAAGCAGGCAGUUUGCUGGUAUCUGGAUAUGACUCCAAUAAUGUUUUACAGUUUACAUGUGAUGGUGAGCUGAUAGGAGAGGUUACUAAAGCUGGUAGUGAAAAAAUGGGAAUUAUAUCAGUCUGUUGUAAUCAACAAAUGACAAAGAUGUGUAUUAGUAGAUAUACAGAUGACAACAUUGAAGUGUUUGACAUCUAAUCAGUAAAACAAAUGAUUCACAAAAGAAAAAUAAACAUGUUUUUAAAUAUAUGCCUUUCUCUCAAAAUGUAUGCAAAGAGUGUAACAUGUUUUAUUUAUUAUAGGUGAUAAUUUCUUUUGGAAUAUCCAUUUUUGAAUGCAUCUGGUUUAAUUAUUAUUUGUUAUAUUACAAAAAAACAACUACUGAAUUGUGUGAACAAUAUGAAAGAAUCAUAUCAUAAGAAUAUUUGGCAAGCAUAGUAUUGUUUAGUUUAACAAGUUCUAUAAAUUUAGAAAUAAACACAAAAUAAUAAAUUUUUCUUUAUAACAUGCUAAAAAUAAAAAUGAUAUACAGUAAAAAGAAAUCAUUCUUUUCAUUGAUGCAUAUAUACAUGUAGUGCAAUACUAAUAAUUAGCCUAUUUUGAUGUUUGAAGUUAACAAUGAUGUCAUGUUACAUUGUGGUUACACUAUUGUAAUAUUCAUUUUCAUUUAAUGGCUUUUUUAUACUUCUGUGCAUGAAUGAAAUAAAAUUCUAUU